AGCUUCAGCUAGGGGAGAGAAGUAUCCCAGAAGGCACCACUGCACAAGCGAAGAAAUCAGAGUGCAUCAGGAAGAGACAACGUGAUGAGUUCUGAACAUCAGAAGUCACAAUGGAGAUGACUCUGUUGUCCAUCACAGUGUGUUUCACUCAGUUCCUCAUUGCCUCAGCUCUUUAUUUCAACACACUGCCACCAAACACCCUAAGCGACUACACUGAAACCACACAAAUAACUCCAGCAACAACAAAAACAAACCCAGAACCUAAGAUCCUUAUAUAUACAACCUCUUCGUCACCUCUGACCGCAACAACACAGGACAGCACAACAAAUUUGCCCAGUGAAGUGCAUACACAGCCAAAUAUAACCCCAAAUGUGACACUCACACAGGAAACAGCAUCCCUGCAUCAAGACAACAGCAGUAGUCCAUCUCAAAAUGACAUGAUGGAUGAUGGCGUGAGUGUUAGCCAUGUUGCUAUGAGCCAUGCGAAUACAAGUCAUACAACAGUUUCCACUAACUUUGCAAGACUGAUGCCACAAAAGGACGACAGUAAUGAAACAGGAACAAUGUCAAGUGUGAGUUACAACUAUGAAGGGCACACUGUUCAGACUGCAGACACCUUAUCAGACCCAGUGGACAGUGUCUCAACAGUUCCCUGGAGACAUUCGACAGAGAAAGAGGAUGAGAGAACGAAGGCAGAUGAAGGAAAUUAUGAAACUAACUCCACCCAGGCCACAUUUGCUAAUACGAACGAGGAGUUGAGAGAAACACGAGGCACUGAGGGAACUUACAGGUUAACAAGUGAACACAGAGAGGAACAUUACGACACAGCAGCGAAUACAACCGAUGUAAGUGCUACAACAGCAACAGGGAGUAACGAAUGGUCAAUUUCACAAAACACAGAUAUUCCCAUGACCACACCGGCUUACACAACAGCACAAGACCCGACGGUUACAGAUGUGCCAUAUCACACCUCAGUAAGUGGCGGAAAACACUCGACGCCACAGAAUAUAUACAGGCUCACAAACUCUACAGCAACCACAGGAAGAGAAAACAGGACAGGAACAGACACACCCGGUGGUACCACCACCAACAUCAACAUCUCUAUUAUAACUGAUGUCCUAACUGACAGCAGCCUAAAUGCCACAACCAACAGAACAAACAAAACUGACACAGAAAACAAAGUGUGGACUGCAUGUUUGAACCCAAACCCAGAAUCUCAUUCUCGGCAAUCCAGGCUGGUCUGCUUCAUCACAGUGUGGACUUUAGCAAUGACCGCCACCAUAUUUCUAGGAAUAACCAUUUUCCUUUUGGUGCGUCUGUCUGUCUUCAAAAAAAAGAUGAAGCGGAGAGGGAAAGGAGGUCAGACAUGUGAGAAGGAGAGCCUCUGGGCCGACCCCAAAGCUUCAGUGCAGGAGAGAGUGGAGUUCUGGUACAUCAAUGGAUCCACGCUGCAGGCCGACAGGAAAGACAGAAAGAGACAGAAGAGGAUGAAGAGAAGAGGACAGGAACAGGAUAAUGAGGAGAAUGGGUUGUGGAUUCAGCCUAGAGUGACUGUCGAUGACAUAACAGAGUUCUGGUACGCAAACAGACGCAUGAAGGAAGAGAGGAUGCAGGACACGUAGUUAUAAAACUUUGAAAGACACCAACGAAAACAAUUUGGACAGUUAGACCUUCAGGCUUGUGCCUAAAACACAAGGGGAUUUUGAUGGAACCUUUCCAACCUACACUGCUGAAAUAUUCAGAACUUUCUAGCUUAUUUUUCAAAAUCUUCCAAUCCCUGAAUAAAAUAAAUAAAAAAUACACAUAUUUUUGAGAGUUACCGUGCAUUGAAUAAUAAUAUGCAGUUUUUUAAUAUGCAAUUUCUGUUUAUAUGCUUUGAGCAAACAGUACUGAAAGAAGGAACAUAAUUUAUUGGGCUAUUCUGAAUUUUUCAGUUCAUAUAAUGACAGCUUGUGUUUCCACCAUCACUAGGUCAGGACUUGCGGUAACUUGCCCAAGAAAAAAAUCUAGGAGCUAAAAUCUCUGAUAACACAUUGUCUUUGGAAGUCUCACAGUGCUGGCUUGCACUUGUAAAGAUUAUCAUGUGAAAUA